AUCACGCGUUCACGUCAAUAUUCCGGUAACAUCAUUUGUUGAAUAUUCAAUGUCCAGUAUCCGAUCCCCGAGAGAACGACGACCAUAAGCGUUGGAUUCUAUUAGCAAACAGUCACGAGAACAAUGGUGCGUCGUCGAUGCGAUUCCGUCGAUAUACAAGCGGCGAGUCGAUGAUCGAGCCCGAUAAAUGCCGGCCACCUUCCUUCGGCACAUUUCACGACGAACGUCCGUCCAGGGAUACUAUUCGCAUAUCUAAAUCCGUAGAACGUUCUGGCCCCCACAAUUCCCAAGAUUGUUACCAGUCCGCAAGACCACUUGUGCCGCUUAUACUACUUCGUGCAUGACCGGCCCUUAAUUCGUCGAGAACAGAUCGUCAUUAAAGAAAUGCACACCGAGAGGAAUAUGUCCGAUACAUACACCAACGAGGAUUUGUUUGAUGCAUUGGCACUAUUGCAUUCGACAGAUGAAAAUAGUGCCGAGAAACUUCGUCGAAUGCUGGACGCUUGUAUCGAGAAGAAAUACGGCCGCGAUAAAACGUUGGCCGCUAGAAUGCCGAGAAGAUUUUUGCAAAAUACCGACGACGUAAUCGCUUCGAUGAGAAUCUCAAAGAAACGCGACCACGUCCCAGGGCGAUGCGUCAAAACGAUAAAAGGCGAGAUCUGGGACGGCUCCAAAGUCGGUUCUCUUCUCGAAUCUAACAUGACGGAAAACAUCACGAACCAUCAAACAGCUGACAUAAAAGUGUACGAGGUCAAUUACGAGGAUUGCUGCGACGACCAGAACGUUCCCAGGAUCUCGAUUCCCGACGAAGGAUCUGCCGAUGGGACCGUGUGCAAGAUUUGCAACGGCGCGAAACUGGGACCUUUGAUUUUACUGGAGUGCCAAGAGUGUCAAGAGGCUUAUCAUCCACUGUGCCAUCAACCUCCGGUCAUCGACGUUGACGUUUACGAUCCUAGGUUCGUAUGGCGAUGCAGACGAUGCGUGGAAACAUCGUCAGCUACCUCCACAAAAGUUAGAAUUUUGGAAAAGCGAUCUGUAGAAAAGAAAAUUCGAAGAAACACUGAUACGAUAAAAGGGAACGCAAAUAUUUCGGGAUUGAAAAUACCUAUAAGAAGAAGAGACGAUUUAUAUUGA